AUGCGUCUGAGUCCCAUUCACCUUGUGGUCGCAGCUACGAUCGUUGCUACUGGCUGCGCUGCCUCUGCUGCCACGGAUUCGGACGGUCCUCAGCUUUCACCCGAGACCUCGCCGGAUGCCGUGGUGUUGGCUGAUACUAUCCCCCAAAAGAGCGCGAGAUUGCUGAGAUCUCGCGAUGCUCAAGAGGAGGAGCGAGUACACCCUUUGUUGAUGCAUGAAGGUGUUGCGGUCGCGAUAGCAAAAAGUGUUAGUGCUGACUUGGACUCGAGGCUUAUGGCAAAGGUUAGCCAAAUCGACAACGGCAAGGAAAUAUUGAAGCAGUGGAGAGAUAAGGGUCUAACGAUUGCCAAACUCAAACCCUUACUGAAGAAUACCAAGAAAUGGAAAGCUACCCCUGAACGAGCGGUUUACAACCUGCUCAAGAAGGAGCGCUUCUCUUAG